UCUAAUAAACUUUCAUGAAGGGAUUUAUACAGAGGAAUUAAUCAGGCGGAGUUAAGGUAGCAUAAAUGUUUGAUCGUAUGUAUCGGAUAUUACCUCUGCUCCUCCUGGGAGGAUUCUUCCUGACAGGCGUGCGGCAUGUUACUGGGAUAGAAAUUAGAACGGAGAAGGAAAUGGAAGCAGUCAACGGGACGAAUGUGAAACUAAGCUGCACCUUCAGUAGUACUCAUCCAGUGACUCCAGGUUCUGUCACAGUAUCCUGGUACUUCCAACCCCUGAAUUCAAACCCCGGCGAGUCUCUGUUUUACUACCAGGAUGAAACGCCUCACCCUCCAACGUCUCCGCAGUUCAAAGGGCAUGUAGUGUGGUCGGGAGAUGUCAUGAGAAAAGAUGCUUCCAUCACUCUCCAGAACGUGAAUCCAACUUUUAAUGGCACCUACAGCUGCCACGUGAGAAACCCUCCAGACUUUCAAGGCAAUAUUGGAGAGAUCAACCUCAGAGUGGUCAACAAAGUGUCCCUCUCUGAGAUAAGUUUCCUGGCGAUCAUAGUUGGAGGUGCCUGUGGUGUAAUCCUGCUCAUUCUCACUAUCUUUGUGGCAGUGAAGUUCUACAAAAGGAAAAGGGAAAAUGACUUUGAGCUGCACGAGCACGAUUUCAAAGAACAAGCUGUGUGGUGAGGGCCAGAGAACUCUGUCUUUUGGGACUGGUGUGGACUCUGGUUGG